AUGUGUGGAGGAGCCAAAGUCCGUGGUCUAUUCUGGUGUUGUAUUUUCCCGUUGAAGAUCGUUUUCGACUCUCUGAAAAUUUUCCUCAGAACCAAACGCCUUUUCUUCUUUAUCUUCUUCUUCGUGUCUGUCCCUCUCUCCUUCCUUAUAUUCUCUGUUUUUCUCUCUACCUGCCACCUUCGCUACAAAAUCUACCAUCUCGAAGCCGUCGCCCUCCUUGCCCCGACCCGAUUUGAGGCCCGGCACGUAUGGACGGAGUCCCGCGAAGAUGCAAUCUACCUCCUCCGAAUCAAAGCCCUCUUCUCCGUCCCCUGCUUUCUCCUCUCCCUGGUCACCGCCGUAGCGUCUGUGCACGCCACCGUCCUCUCUUACAAUGGCAAGGUUCCCACUCUACAAUCCGCCACCGCGGCCGUCAAACAAAAUUGGAAGCGUCCGUCGGUCACCACGAUCUUUAUCUACGCAAUCCUGCUCGCGUUCGCUCUUCUUCAACGGAUUUUGGCCGCGCUAACACCCUGGCCGCAGCUGAGAUUUAUACUUCUGGCGAUCGGAUCGGGUGUAGACGUAUACCUGAUGGCGGUGCUUAGCUUAGGCCUGGUGGUGUCGAUCGCGGAGGAGAGAUUCGGUUGGGAGGCGAUCAAGGUUGGGUCGGGUUUGAUGGCGGGGAGGAGGUUCUGUGGAUGGGUGCUAUCGGGCUUGCUCUUGUUGGUGUCGGGUUUGAUCCGGGGGAAGAUGGAGGAGUUGGUGGAGGGUCCGAUUUCGUCGUCGGAGUUUCUAUCUUCGAUGGGCGCUGCGGGUAAAAUGGGAAUAAUGUGUGUAUACGGUGCGGCGGUGGUGUGGAGCUACUUGGUGACGACGGUGUUCUACUUCGAGUGCAAGAGAAGGCAUGGGAUUCGAGAACUUGAACACGAAGAAGACGAUGAAACGGGAAUUUCGAUGCUGUAA